AUGUACAAUAACCAUUCGACUUACCGAAACACCAUGAUCUUCGAAGACUUGGAAAACCACUCCGAGAUUGAGAAAGAAACUAAGAAUAAUACCCUUGAAUUUCAAGUCUCGCAAAUAUCGGACCAACACAAUGAAUUUAUUCUUAGUUUUGAAUCAAAGAACCUUAAAGUUGAUGCCCUUGCUCAAGAACUCGAGAUUGAUCAAUCUCGUUUGAUGCGCAAGGUCGAUCUCUGUGUAUUAUUACCAAUCUUCAUCUUGUUUUAUGUUGCUAACCUCAACCGUGCAAACUUCGGGUUGUUGGAACUCGAAGGGAUCACUACCACUCUAAAGAUUUCCCAAUUACAAUAUUACGGUGCAGUUGCUGUGUUCUUUGCUCCAUACGUGGUGUUCCAGUCAUUUUCGAACUUGGUAUUGAAAUCAAUCAGACCCCACUUCUGGAUGAGUACUUCGGUUUUAAUUUAUGGAUGUGUUGUUCUCGGUACCGCCUUUGUCAGAGACUAUCCUUCUUUGCUUGCCUGUCAAUUCCUUCAUGGUCUUUUCCAAUCUGGUUGUGAUUCGGCAGUGUUUUACAUUCUUUCAAACUACUACGAAAGAAGUGAAUCCCAAAAAAGAGUGUCAUUUAUCUAUUCUGCCGCAGCUCUUGGUGUCUUGACCAACAAUCUUAUGGGUAGUCGUCUCAGAGUCGAUAAAGUGGGGUCCUCCAUCCCAUUCUGGAGUUGGAUUUUGAUUAUCGAUGCCGCCAUCACCAUCGGUAGCGCCUUCAUCUUGUUCUUCAUCUUGCCUGAUUUCCCUGAAGGUAAUAGAUUCUUGGAAGAUAAUGAAACCCUUUUCAUUGUCAAGAAGUUGGAAAUCCACUGUGGUAAGUCCGGUUACAACAUCAAAUACAGUUUCAAAAAUGUUAUUGACCAACUUAAGGACCCAAUGAUCUUGCUACCAGUCUUCAUCAGUACCUUCUUUGGGGCCAUCACUUACGGGUUCAACUUUAUGGAACCUUUGGCUUUCGGGUUAUAUUUUGGUCCACAAGCUUUAGUUAGAGGUACUUGGCCAUGGCUCUGCGGGUUCUUCGUGGUGUGCGUCUUUGGAUACUUCUCUGAUCUUAUGCGUUGCCGUUAUCCACUCUACUUUUUAAGUGUCUUAUUUGCAGUUUAUGGGCUUGCGGUCGCACGUUUCGACAGAUCCCUUAACCCAAAUGAUACUUUAAGAUACAGUAGUGUUUUCUUUUCAGUCAUGGGUGCCCACGCUGCUUUCCCAAUGUUCAUCGGUUGGGCCACUUUUAACUUGAAUGGGCACUUGAGAAAGAGUAUCAUCACUUCCUUGAUGAUCUGUUCUUACGACUUGGGAGGAAUCUACAGUACCUUCAUCAUUUACAACAAUGAUGUUUUGUAUACCCAAGCGGAAACUGCCGCUUUCGCUUUCUCUCUUGCUGCUUUCUUCUUCUCUUUAUGUUACCUCUAUUUGGUCCAUCGUGAAAACGCAAAGAAGAGAACCCCUGAGUACAAGGUCAAGUAUGAACAGCUUUCCAAAAAGGAAAAGAUCCUUGCUGGUGAUAGAGAUCCAAGCUUUGAUUAUAUUAGCUAA